AUGGCUCGGCAGAUCAAAGCGCGCAAACAUAUCGAGCGCGACCAACGACAUGUCUCGCGGAUAGUGUCUACCGCCUGGAAGGAACUCGAUGACGAUGCUAAAAAGUAUUGGUACGACCGCGCCGCUGUCGUAAAGAAGUGCCAUGAGGCGAAACACCCUGGGUACAAAUUCAGCCCAAGGGCGCGAAGUGAGAAGCCGAAAAAGCGUAACGUAAAGCGCAAUGGGCCCCAAGACAAAGAGCGUUCCAGGACGCUCGGAAAGAUUCUGGCAAGAGGUGCGGACAUGGAGCAAUUGGAGACGGAGGCUCUGAAAUUCGACGCCACCAUGACAAACACCUCCGACGUAGGCGUCGUCGAGACAACAUACGACUGCAUACCGCCGUCGCAGAGCUUCGCCACUGGCGUGUUCGACUCUAUGUCGUGGCAGCCCUCGUCAAUCAUUUCACCAAUCGACACCGAGCCCUGGCUGAGCCUACCUGCGCUCCAGGAUCCUCUCCUCCCGCCACUGUCGGACGGGGUCUUCGUGCCACAGGACGGUCUCAGUGCCACUGAUCUCGAAACCGCCUUCUCCCAGCUGGGAUUCAACAAUACUCUCUCCGCAGGGGACGGCUCCGCUCCUCUGAUGCUUGCGCAAGAUAUCCGUCCAGAAGCCGAGAUGCAGCGGAUCAUGGACUCAUUUAACAAUUUUUCCCCGGCAUCCGACUUGCCCCUCAUGGCAAGCAAUGCUCUCGCAAGUCAGUCCAUGCACCAGCAGAUCGUGGAUAUGGCAUCCGCUUGUCGGCAUACCUCUCGUCUGCUCGACUCGCCGCUGGACAUUUCGCCGUUGGAGACGAAUGCGUUGGGGACGAAUCUCCCGCAGUUCGAUGCUCUGCAGUGGGAGCGACUGGGGUUCGGGCAGACGAACGAGAGUAACGUUGCCAGCUUCGCAGAGACCAUGUUCUCCUUCGACUCCAGCACGCUCUUCGGUGAGCCCAGUUUCGCCCCGGAGCCGCUGAUCGACAUCUCCACAUGGAACUGA